GUUGCUAAGGAAGUCAAGUAACUGUCUGGAUCUAACGGAGUGAUGCUUCCGUAUCAAAAGACGUCAUUUUAUUCUUCAGACAAACGUAUUUUAAAUAUGUGUUUUAUUCCGUUUCCAUAUGUAUGUUUUGGAAAGUUGUAAACGCCAUAUUCGGAGAGUUUUGUUUACUAAUGUGUCUAUCGUGUGUCAUCACUGAAUUUAGCAUGACAGAGAUUUAAAACUAAUUUAAAACUUUAUCAAUAGUUCAUACAAUAGUUGUUUUUAUUUUAUUUUAUUUUGUUUUAAUUUUUAGCGUAUAAGUAUUAGUUAAAGCUGGGUACCAAAACAGAUAAUUACGCUGCAGCUUUUUUUAAAUCUCUGUACACGUUAUAAUUGUUCUUCUUCUUAUUUAUAAUAAUGUUUUUGUUGUUUUUAGUAAAAUGGAAGAUUAAACAAUCCUAAAGUGGUUUGCUUGUCUUAGUUGGUUUGGCCAAACUGGUUUUCAGCUGGCUUAGCUGGUCCCUCAGCCUGAGAAGUGCCCGAAACCCUCCAAAAACCAUUAAACCAGACUGGUGGCCAACUGAGGAUCACACACUUGUUUUGUGUUCAGCUGGGUAUUGUACUAUUGAAUGUUGGUAGUUUACAGCUUCCGUUUAGAUGUUUAAUAGACAUUUGGGUGGAUUCUUAAUAGUUAUAAUGUUUGUAUUUUUGAGAUACAUACUUAUGCACAAUAAAUCUGCUUGCUGUCUCCACAGAAUGUAAUCAAAUGAGGACCAUGGAGCUCGUUUACAUCUAAAACCAAGUCUGACAAUAGGAUGACUGAGCAUGGAGAGACCAUUGUCCCAUUUAAACCCACAGGAGAACCAGCUUGCAAAACAGAUAUUACUGGUAUAAGUGUAGACCCGAGGAAAGAGAAGAGUGACCAAGAGGAGCUCAGAGAUCUCAAGAAGCAAUAUAAUGGACCCACUGUACUUCAGAAUGAACACAAGGAAACUAAGCUUAGUCCUGAUCAGCCUCUGCCUCCCUCUCUUCCGAAGCCUGUGGGAUUGGCAAUGGGGGGUAGAAACAUCACAUUUGAUGAGAAGGUGAGGGGGAGUAGGUUGAGAAACAGCCAGGAGAGUCUCACAGACGCGGGUGAGACUGGCUCGUCCACCGAUUCCCUUAAAGAAGACACUUUGGCUCCGAAGUCAAGCAGUCCAUUGGGUUUCAAGAAUGGACAGAGCCUUACGUCAGGACAUCCACCCAUGGAGAUGCCACCGUUCAGGAACUGGACUGGAAGUUUCUCUGAAACCGAAGUGUCCCCACAUGAUCUUUGUGAUCUGAACAAAGAGCGUUUGAGACAAUCUAAAAUAAUUCUUUCUCCACUCCAGUCCACUGGCAUGAAUCCUCCUCUGGAGCACAGCACAGACUCCACGUCCUUAAGGACAGCUAAUCGGAUUGACAGAGAUUGUUUGGAUUACAGUGUGGUGGGGAGAAGGGGGCGGUCGGAGAGGCUUCAAAGGAACCUGAGUGAUAGUGGGCUGUUGGAGACCUUAGUGUCAGAUAGCACCUCUGUCCACUCCAUGAAGUCCACCUAUAGUGUACUGAACCCUAUCAGACCCAGGGAUGUGAGGAAUAGGAGCUUUCUGGAGGGCAGUGUUCUGGGAAACGGUGCCUUGCUGGGGGCGGAAGAGCUCGACCGCUACUUCCCAGAGAGACGGCUUGGUAUCUACAUUGCCACAUGGAACAUGCAGGGAGAGAAGGGGCUUCCAUACAACCUAGAUGAUCUGUUGCUCCCAACCGAUACAGACUUUGCACAGGAUGUCUACAUUAUUGGAGUUCAGGAAGGUUGCCCAGAUAGGAGGGAGUGGGAGAUCCGUCUGCAGGAAACGCUUGGGCCGUAUUAUGUCAUGCUGUAUGCAGCAGCCCAUGGAGUUCUCUAUCUCACUGUAUUUGUCCGAAGGGACCUCAUAUGGUUCUGUUCAGAGGUGGAACAUGCUACAGUCACCACCCGAAUUAUAUCACAGAUUAAGACUAAAGGAGCUGUGGGUGUUGGCUUUACUUUCUUUGGGACGUCUUUCCUCUUCAUCACCUCCCAUUUCACCUCCGGAGAUUCUAAAGUAUAUGAGAGGAUCUUAGACUACAACAAGAUCAUAGAAGCUUUAGCUCUCCCUAGAAACCUUCCUGAUACCAACCCUUACCGCUCUACAAACUCUGAUGUCACAACCCGUUUUGAUGAAGUCUUCUGGUUUGGAGACUUUAACUUCCGCCUGAAUAAAGAUAGAGGAGAGGUGGAUGCCAUUUUGAAUCAGGUUGUAGGUGCAGACAUGAGCCCUCUGUUACAGCAUGACCAGCUGUCUAAAGAGAUGAAGGAAGGUUCCAUUUUUAAAGGGUUUCAGGAAGCACCUAUUCACUUUCCUCCUACUUACAAGUUUGACAUUGGUUGCGAUGUCUAUGACACCACUACAAAGCAGAGAACGCCUUCAUAUACUGAUCGGAUUCUUUAUCGAAACAGACAAGCAGAUGAUAUAAAAGUGGUCAAGUACACUUCUUGCUCAUCUAUUAAGACAUCAGAUCACCGGCCUGUCAUUGGCAUGUUUCAGGUCAAACUUCGUCCUGGUAGAGAUAACAUUCCUUUGGGUGCUGGGCUAUUUGACAGGAGUCUGUACCUAGAGGGAAUCAAAAGGAGAAUCACCAGAGAACUUAAGAAGAGAGAGGCAGCCAUGAAAAAUCAGAAUAACAGCACUGUUUGCACCAUUUCCUGAUUUGGGACCUGUGCACAAAAGCCAUAGGCUGCUAAAACUGUUCAAAUACUGAGUUACUAACUUGGAAAGCUGGACUUUCAGGACCAAAGGAUAACUCAAGUGCUAUGGAUGUCAUGGCACUUAUCUGCCUCCACUGAAGUGCAUCAAAAAGCAUCGGUGCAAAGUCCAGGGACCAAAAGAUGAUACUGUGGCUGGACCCUGAAGUUUAGCAGCUAGUUUUGGAACUAUACAAUGUUUUUUGACUCAACAGAAAAUGCUUUAUAAAUCUAUAAAUUAUACUGACCAGAGUAAAUUAAGUUUACCUAAUACACUUGUCUGAACUGUACUGUACAUCCAGUAUUCUUUGCUUUUUUGUAUUAUUUUGUAUUUAAUUUAAAGGGAUUGUUCACCCAAAAAUGAAAAUCCUGUUGUCAUUUACUCACCCUUAUGUUGUUCAAACCCAUAUGACUUUCCUUCCUCUGUGGAGCAAAAAAACUGAUUGUAGGUAAAAUUACAGCUUCAGUCACCAUUCACAUUUAUUUUAUGGAAAAAAGAUGGAAUUAAACUGAAUUAUGACUUGAGACUAACCAUCCGCCUUUGUGUUCUGCAAUAAAGAAAGUCAGAGGGUUUGGAACAACAUAAGAGUGAAUAAAUGAUGACAGAAUCUUAAUUUUGGUGAACAUUUAACUGCAAGCCAACACAGUCUGUUCUGCAUCAGGUUUCAACUGAUAGUGUUCCAAAGCCUUUUUAAAUCAGUAGCUCAAAUUCUUACACUUUUACUGAAACCCUAAGCACCUCAUAACCAGAACCAGGUUGCCGAGUCUGUUUUAUUGGCUCCUGGGUCUCAUUUUGGAACACUUACCUACCAAUGUGCUAAUCAACGGUACGUCUAUUAAAAAGGGAACUGUACUGUAGCAUCAUUACCAGCAAAAUGUGGGAGAAGUGGCGUUUGCAUCUGUUUUUAUUUAUUGAUUGUGAUUGAUAGGUAAAUGUGAUCUUGUGUUUAAAAGCAUGGAAGCUGCAAUUGGCUUAAAUUGUGUGCAUUGCAAAAUCUGAAUGGGAUGGCACAUACUAGACUUGAUUAUUUCCUUGACAUCAUUUAAUAUAAUUCAGCUAACUUGAUGUCAAAUGGGAUUUACAUAUGGGAGUGGGAACUACCAUAGUAUUGGUAUUGCUUGUGUAUGGAUCUCAGUAACUUUGGUGUAAUAGUGAGUCAUGCAUUCACAUCAUGAAUUUCAGUUCUACUUGUACUGAAAGUGCCUGCGAUCUUGCUCAUGAUUGCCUCAACAUUCUGCUGUUUAAAACCAAAUAAUAGCCUGUUACAGUUGUUUACAAUGAGAAUUAAUACAAACAUUCUGUCUCAUUCUUAACUUGUUUAAAUACCCUUAUUGCAGCAAAAUAAUUAUUGUUUUGAACACAAACCAAGGAACCAAUUACCGAACAUUAAAAAUGUGCAUGAUGUAAUUACACAUUCACAAAGACAAAAACUAUGGUUUAUGUUCGGAAUGG